AUGAUGCUACUUGUUGCCUCCGUGUUAGUGCUGCUGGUGCAGGUCGUGUGCAAAUCUUCUUUUCAAUGCUCCACCAGUCGCCCACCUCCUAUUGUUCACAAGUAUUAUCAAUCAGGAGACCUUCUCAUUGCUGGAAUCAUCAGUUAUGUGUUUAAGUUUUCUGAUUCUGUCAAAUUUGAAGUGCAUCCCUCUCCCAGUUCCUCAGAUUCAAUUGUCUAUUUUAGUCCAAGCUUGACCUAUCAUGCUGCAAUGGAACUUCUCUCCACUAAGGGGAGGCUCAUUCCUAACUACAAGUGUGAUAAUCAGAACAACUUAGUUGCAGUUUUGGAAGGACCUAACUCUAAUUUGUGUUUUUAUGUGGCAGACAUUCUGUGCCCUUUCAAGAUUCCACAGCUCCUCUAUGGCUCUGCUCCAGCCAUGACCAACAAAAAUGAAGCAGCUUUCCUGUACAAGAUGUUCCCCAGUUGGGCCAAUCAGUACACGGGGAUUCUGAAAUUACUGCUUUAUUUCAGAUGGAUAUGGGUUGGAGUGAUCUAUGUGGAUGAACAUGAGCAGCAAUUUGUCGAGGAGGUGCUUCCCAUCUUUUCUAAGUGUGGUAUCUGCUUUGAUUUUAUAGAAAGGUUUCCAGCAAUCACUUUUUUAACUUCUUUAUCUGAAAAGGUAGUCGGAAACAAUGACUUAUCGACACUUGUCAUGGAAAGCACAGCCAAAGCAGUGGUGGUACAUGGCGAAAUUCAAACCAUAAUAGUUUUGCGAUUCUUGCUGAGGGCUGCAGAAUUUAAAGAGAUACCCAUGAGGACAAAAGCCAAAGUCUGGAUUCUGACAGCCCAGGUGGAUUUCACCUCAAUUGCAGUUCAAAGAACCUGGGACUUAGACUUCAUCCAUGGUGCUUUAUCCUUUGCAGUUCACUCCAGGGAGGUGUUAGCAUUUGGGCAGUUUCUUCGGGCAAGAGACCCUGCCUCUGAAAAAAAAGAUGGCUUCAUUGGGGACUUCUGGAAACAGGCCUUUAGCUGUUCACUCCCUGGUACCACAGGAGCUAUGAUUGAUGAAGACAUCUGCACCGGGGAGGAGAAGCUGGAGAGUCUUCCUGGGUCUGUCUUUGAAAUGAGCAUGACCGACCACAGCUACAGCAUCUACACUGCUGUCUAUGUGGUGGCACAUGCAUUACAUGCCAUGUAUUCGUCCAUGCUCAACCACAGAACACUGGCAUAUGGAGGGAGAAAAAAGCUUCUGAAUCAACAGCUGUGGCAGUUCCAUGGAUUUUUGAAAAGGGUGUCAUUCAACAACAGUGCUGGGGACCUGGUUUCCUUUGAUCAAAAUAUGGAAAUGGUGGCUGGACUUGAUAUUAUCAACUGGGUCACAUUUCCCAACCAGACCUUUCUCAGAGCCAAAGUUGGAAGGAUUGACCCCAAAGCUCCCGAAGACAAAGUGCUCACCAUUCAUGAAGAUGCAAUCAUUUGGCCCCACAUGUUUAACCAGGUGCAGCCUCUUUCUCUGUGCAAUGACAGAUGCCAUUCAGGCCACAAUAAGAGAACAAAAGAAGGGAAGCCAUUCUGCUGCUAUGAUUGCUUUCCAUGUCCAGAAGGGAAGAUUUCAAACCUGGAGGAUACUAAUGACUGUUUUCAGUGCCCAGAAGAUCAAUAUCCAAAUACUAAUAAGGACUUAUGCCUGCAAAAACCUAUAAGUUUCUUGUCUUAUGAAGAACCUGUGGGGAUCACCUUGGCCAGUUCUGCGCUUUCCUUCCCUUUUAUGGCAGCUUUGGUGCUUGCUGUCUUCAUUAAGAACCAGGACACUCCCAUAGUCAAAGCCAACAACCGGAAUCUCUCCUACCUUCUCCUCGUCUCCCUCCUGCUCUCCUUCCUUUGCGCAUUGCUAUUCAUCGGCCGACCUGAGAAGCUGUCGUGUCUCCUUCAACAAACUACUUUUGGCAUUAUCUUCUCCGUGGCCAUUUCUUGUUUGUUGGCCAAGACCAUCAUUGUGGUUCUAGCUUUUCUAGCCACCAAACCAGGCUCCAGGAUGAGAAACUGGGUGGGGAAACAACUGGCCAGCUCCAUUGUUCUUUGUUGCUCUUUUCUUCAAACAACUAUUUGUACAAUGUGGUUAGUAACGUCUCCUCCAUUCCCAGAUUUUGACAUGCACUCAAUGACUGAAGAAAUGAUUCUGAAAUGUAAUGAAGGGUCGGUCACCAUGUUUUACUCUGUCUUGGGCUACCUGGGCUUCCUGGCCACUGUCAGCUUCACUGUAGCUUUCUUAGGUAGGAAGUUACCUGAUAGUUUUAAUGAAGCCAAGUUCAUCACCUUCAGCAUGCUGGUCUUUUGCAGUGUUUGGCUGACCUUUGUUCCAACCUAUCUGAGCACAAAAGGAAAAUACAUGGUGGCUGUGGAGGUCUUCUCUAUCUUAGCCUCCAGUGCUGGCUUGCUGGCUUGCAUAUUUUUCCCUAAAUGCUAUAUUAUUGUUAUGAGGCCGAAACUGAACACCAAGGUUCAAAUUAUGAGAAGACCAAAUGAAAGAAUAUAA